AUGGCGGUGGAAACAGCUGUCGCGCUCUGUGUACAGUCAACUAUCCUCGCGUGGCUAACAUUUGCACAUGUGUAAAUUGAGCUAGUUUCUACUCGGGCUUAGUGUCCGAGUUUGUAUCGCCUCCAUUCUGGCUCCUGCGUGGCCGUCGUCAUCCCAAAGAUGUCCAGGCGGCGGCGUGCCGGUGUGUACAGUUGGCGAAGGAGGUGUGUGGGGGCGUUUUCCCAUCCGGUAUGCAUUCGGCCCGUCUGUAAAGCUGCUCCCGCUGCAGUGAUAAACUCUUUGUUAUUGAAAACGACCGAAUUGUGCCUCCUCUAUUCAGCCAGACACUCGGGAGAUCAAACUAGGCGACGAGUGUGGUCGAUUUCGUUCAGUGGUGGACGUUGACCUAACCAGUGGUUGUGUUGUGGCUGUUGCUGUGCUCCAGCUACAGGGCCUGCCUCCUUCCCUGUGCGAUUGUGUAAGGGUUCUUUGUGGCGGCAACGACAUGGACGACUCCAGUGACGUCGUCGACGACCGACUGCGAAGUGAUUCCAUCGCUACAGAGGACGCCGCGCUUGCGUUUGAUAUAGAGGAGUUGGACGACAAGGAAUUUGAGUUGCCACCCGUGGAAAACCCCCCAACGCUGGAAAGCAUAUUGAACGAAGUGGAUGGAGGCUCGCUGAGUGACGAAGAAGUGCCAAACCAAGCACUCUUCCACGGAAACUGCGAUUCGGUCUCACUUGCCAGUGCCGACUCGAGGAAUCUACCGACUGAUCGAGUUAGUGCUCGUCCGAGCAGCAUCUUGCGACAUGUCAUCCUGCGAGGAGUGUCUUCCCAGCUACGGUCAGCCAUGGAGCGCGUUGACUCUGGAAAACCCACCGCUAUGGCCGUGUCCUCACUAAUCGCUGUGGGAACCUUCCACGGCUUGGUGCUGGUGUUUGAUCCCGAACAAGCUUUGAAGUGGUGCCUGGGAAGCAUACAGCUGGGCGAGCAGUAUGGUUCCGUGUCCGCGAUGGGCUUCAAUGGCGACUGCAGCCGGCUACUUUGCGGAUAUGCCAAAGGUCAGCUGACAAUGUGGGACCUGUCGAAUGGAAAGCUGCUACGAACAAUCACAGACAUCCAUCCGCCUCAGAUGGCCAUUCUGCAUGUCAAGUUUACAGACGAUCCAACGCUUGCCAUCUGCAGCGACAGCGGUGGCUCUGUAUAUGAACUUAACUUUAGAAAGGUGCUCAACAGCCGGACGUGCGACUCGGUGUGCAUUUUUUCCGGAAGUCGGGGCGAGGUCUGUGCCAUGGAGCCGCUGCACGUGAGCCCCGAGGUGUCGCGGCACCCUGCCCAGGAGGUGUCCUUGCUGGCGUUGGCGACUGUCACCAAGGUUAUUGUGGUGACUGUGCGCCCGGUGCUGCGUGUUCGUUUCACCCAUUCUCUCAGAGCAGACCCAAACACAUUGCCGCUGCUGAGCUGGCAGUUUGUGGUCAUCCAGGUGUCUGCUUCAACGCGAAUCAUCGACCCUGUGCUAGCCUUUGGUCGCCAGGGCACCAUAUACUUUUUCCAGGUCAACAUUCCAAGCUUCGACAAAAUGGUUUUUGUGCCUUUACAGAAAAUACAAGUGCAAUACACAGUGCAGAAUUUCACUUGGCUGAACUCACGAACGUUUGUCGCAUUAGAUACGUCGGAAAAUCUUCAUGUGCUUGAUGUUAGGUCGCAAGAAGAACUUGAGGUGCUGGACAUGUCAGAUGUGCAGAUGGUUUAUGGUACGAGCCAUUUCAAAGGGCACGCUACUGGUGGCAACGUGAGCAAGGCUAUGGUGGCUGCAGCCGAGCGAGCUUGCUACCACUCUAUGGCAGGUUGUGGGGCCCAAGUUCUGCUUCUGGGCCUGACAUCCGUUCAUGUGCUCAGCCUCCGCACAUGGCUAGAAAGGCUGGAACUCUUGUAUCAACAGCAGCAAUAUGCAGAGGCCCUCCGCCUGACGUGCAGUCUUUACCGAGAUGAGGCAAAGGCAGUGUGUGGUCUGGUGGGCAAGAAAGUUCGCCGCCAGCACCAGGUGGCCACUUAUGCCCAGCAGCUGCUUGAGGCCCUUGCGGCUGGCCCGCCUGACCGAAUUCAACCUGUGGUGCCCCUGUGUGUCCAGCUUGCUUUGCUGAUCAAGGAGCAUGUGCCCGAUAUAUUGGAUAAGCUGUAUACUAUGCUGCCAACUGAGGUGAAAGGCAAGUUCCUAGACAGCCUUCCAGUGCAUCUGCUGGAUGGUGAGCUGCGUAGCCCCAGCCCUGCCUUGGCCAAGGACUUGGUGAGCCAAUUGGCCAGCAUGGACCAGUUCGAGCUCUUGGAACGUUGCCUUGUGUGCCUGGAUGUGGCGUGCCUGGACCUCCACCAGGUGAUGACACUGUGUUGGAAGCACAGCUUGUACGAUGGCAUCAUCUAUGUGCACAAUCAAGCCUUGAAUGAUUUCACCACACCCAUUAAGGAACUGAUGGCUGUAUUGUGGCAAGCCCUAGAGUCUGGCAAGCAGCUGACAGACAACCAGGUGCUUUUGGGCAACAAAAUGUUGGUUUACAUAAGUUGCUGCUUGGCAGGGCGAGGCUACCCACAUGGGGAACUUGCUGCAGAUCAGGUGGCUGUAGUUAAGAAGGAUGUGUUUCAAUACAUCACUUCUCUGCGAGGAUCAGGCACUGAUAAUCAUGGGACAUUUCCAUAUCUGAGGACAUUGCUUCACUUCAGCACCAGAGAGUUCUUGAAUGUACUGGCCUUGGCUUUUGAGGAACCGGAGUUUGGCACAGAGGCAGGGUUGGCACAAAAGCAGCGCCUGGUUGAUAUCUUGCUUCAGAUUAUGGUCCAGGGUGAAGGAUUUCUGCCUACGCAAGUGGGAGCCCUGUUCACAUUCCUGGCCAGGCAGUUGGCACAACCGGAUAACAACCUCUUUGUUGACAGGCUCCUCUUCGAGCAAGUACUGGAGCAUUUGACGCACCCUGGGGAUGAGACGCAGCAAGAGGAACGCCAGCAGGCUCUGCUUGAACUGCUGCAAGCAGGUGGCUUGGCUUCAGUCGACCAAGCACACCUUCUUGAUCUCGCUGAGCAGGCCCGUUUUUAUCGGGUGUGCGAGUACUUAUACGAGAAGCAACGCUUAUACCACAAAGUUUUUCUAUGCUACUUAAAUGACCCUUCCCGCGAGCUACAGAGUUUUGACUAUGCCGUGCGCAUCUUUGCCAGCCCCAAUGUGAGUGAGAAGGAGAAGGCACUUCUUGAAGACCAGCUCGUUAACAGCCUCGAGGCCCUCAUGAAAGUGGACAGCAGGGCCACUUCACAGCUGAUGCUGCAGUACCUUGCCCAUCGCGUGGAUGACAUCAUGCGCCAUCUGGAGGGUCAGCCGAAAGUGCUCUAUCAGUUUUUGAAGGGUGUCUGGACUAGCAGGGAAGCCUCCAGCCUGACUCAGAGUGCCAAAGACACAGAUAGCAUGACUGCUGCAGUUCAGGAGCAGUACACUGAGCUCAUGUGCCAAUUUGAGCCAGAUGCGGUGGCCCCCUUUCUGGUCUCUGCAGAAGGCUAUCGCAUAGAGGAAACGCUGGAGAUCUGCCGCAGGCACAACGUCUUGGAUGCCACAGCUUACCUGUUGGAGAAGACUGGUGAUGUUCACGGGGCUUUGCACAUACUACUGCAGGUGCUGGAUGAAAAGUUACAGGCAUGCGCCCAGCAGGGCCCCAUGCGAGAACAACUGCUGCAGGAGGCACGUGUGCGACUUCAGGCUGUAGUGCAGCUGUGCCAGCGCAGCUGCCCCUUCCUGAGUGCAGCCGAACGUGAGGCCCUCUGGUUUCCGGUCCUCGAGAGGGUCAUGGCACCCCAGCGUCAGCUACGAUCGGCUUUGGGUGCUGACAAAGACUUCCUGUCGCUGACCCACCAGCUUUUGGGGAGCAUGAUGGGCUUUGUGGCUUUACCAAACAUCCUGCAUAAGCUCAUGCAGGAUCCAGCUUACAACACGGGCAAGUUCGGUGAAGUGCGCCACUUUGUCAUGAAGAUGCUGGAUACACACAAUUACGAGAAGGCACUUCUACGUACCACUAAUCGGUUGCUGAGCAGUGAUGUGCACAUGCACCUACGCCAGCUCAAGGCAGCCGCCAACAGGGCGUAUGUGUCGCACACAGCUGCCUGUGUUGCAUGUAAUCGAGGCUUCUUCGAGCCAGGUGGUGUCGUCAUGUUUCGUUGCAGCCAUUGCUACCACAAGUCCUGUCUGGCAGCCCUUGGUCCUGGAGAACGAGCUAGUGAAGUGUACUGCCAGCGCUGCAGAACACAGCCACUGGGACAACCCUUGGAGUGCCCCACUCAGGUGGCAUCGAGCACAUCGCGAAGCCUCCCAGACACAUUACUGCCAGUGCUGCUGAAAGACAACCUCCAGCUCCACCUUGCACCUGCGCGUUCUCCAGACAUCAAGCUGGACAUCUGAAUUAGCUCCACGUUGUCGACUCACAUACACAGCUCUUGUGCAAUGCAGGAAAACACUUUGAAUGAAUUGCGUAGUAACUGGACACCGUCUGUUUGGUUUAACCAAAUGAACUGCACCCAGAGCGCAUUAAGUGGAAACAUAUUAAUUUUAUUUUAAGGGUUAGUGUCUAACAUAAAUAAAUAGAAAUCGAAGCAGUAAAACCAAGAUGGUUCUCCAG